AGCAGCCAAGGAGCGGUCGAGGUCCUCCGCGGACCAGUUCUCGCACGUUGAUUGCACCUGGUAGGAACCGAGAGGUCCUCCAAUGCCGCCAUGAGCAAGACGUUCCACCGCAGGUCGACCGCUGCUUGCGGCCUGGUCGUCCUCAUGCUGCUUCUGAGCAGCGUGGGACUCCUCAUUGCAUUCCUAAAGGGGCACCAGCAGCAGACGCAGGCUAGGGAGGACGUCGAGCGAAAAGGGACGCCCCCGCGCACCCGCGUCAAGGACCCUCCGUUCACGCGACGCACGACCAUGACGCCGCUCUCGACGACGACCACGGAGGGCCCGCUGGAGACCACGACGACGACGACGCGGGCGCCGUCCAAGCCCAAGUCCGACUUUAGGCUGCCGUCGUACGUGUUGCCGUUGUCGUACGACCUGACGCUGGAGCCGCGUCUGGAGGCGGACACCUUCGAGGGCGAAGUUUGGAUAACGGUGAACGCGACCAUUCCAGUAGACCGCUUCGUCGUGCACGUCUUUCGGCUGACCGUCGACGAGACCGAGGUGUUCUCGGCGGACGGGAUGCCGUUGGUCACCAGUGCCCCGGUGGCCGACGACCUCAAUGAGUUCUUCGUGGUGCCCGUGGCAUCCGGGGCAGGGCCCGUGGCUGCUGGAGUCUAUAAGCUGCGCUUCAAGUUCAGGGGUUCCCUGGUCGGCGGCAUCGUGGGGUUCUACAAGAGCCGUUACAAGAUCGGCAACGAAACGAGGUUCCUGGCCACGUCCAAAUUCCAGCCCACGUACGCAAGACGCGCGUUCCCGUGCUUCGAUGAGCCCAACUUCAAGUCGACAUUCAACGUCACUCUGGUUCAUGACCGGAAACACAUGGCCCUUUCGAACAUGCCCGUGCUUGAGGGCUACCCUAUGGAACGCGAAGAUGGGAAGAUGGUUACAAAAUUCCAAAAGUCGGUGCCCAUGGUGACUUACCUUGUCUGCUUCAUUGUAUCUGACUUCGAGAGGACUCAGACCGUCGCCUCUGUCGACAAGAUACCGUUCUCAGUCUACGCAGCGCCGAAUCAGCUGAACAAAACACUCUACGCUUUGGACAUAGGCUCUCGGAUAUUGAACUUCUACGAGAAAUACUUCGGCCUGAAAUACCCGUUGCCUAAACAAGAUAUGAUCGCCAUUCCGGAUUUUGUGUCGGGAGCUAUGGAACACUGGGGUCUAAUCACCUUCCGGGAAGUGAACCUACUGUACGACUCCAAGCUGUCUAGUCCUCGGAACAAGCAACGAGUUGCUGCAGUCAUUGGCCACGAGCUCGCGCACAUGUGGUUCGGAAACCUGGUGACCAUGAAGUGGUGGGACGACCUCUGGUUGAACGAAGGCUUUGCAAGCUACAUAGAGUACAAGGGCAUUGACCACGUCGAACCAGAUUGGGACAUGAUGAACCAGUUCUUAACAGAAGAUCUUCAGCCAGUCAUGGACCUUGACUCGACUACCACUUCACACCCCGUCGUGCAGAGCGUUAGUCACCCUGACGAGAUCACUGAAAUAUUCGACACAAUCUCGUACAACAAGGGUGCUUCAGUCCUUAGAAUGCUGGAAAAUUUCCUCGGCCCGACGAUAUUUCAAAAAGGCGUUUCAUCGUUUCUGACUCAUCACCAGUUUGGUAACGCAAAGACGUCAGAGCUUUGGGAUGAAUUGUCUAUGGCUGCAGGCGGCUUCUUUCGUGGCGGUCACAACGUGUCAACCAUCAUGGAUACGUGGACGAGGCAAAUGGGUUAUCCCGUGGUCACCAUGACUCGCAGCUCCGACGACCCCACACUGAUCACAGUGGUCCAGGAGAGGUUCCUGAGGAAUGCCCAGCACGUAGCGAAUGACUCCAACAUAUCGCCUUUCGGGUACAAAUGGAGCAUACCACUCAGCUAUAAGACGUCCGCAGCCAAAAACAAAGUGAAGCUGGUCUGGAUUCACAAUGACCGAGAUGAGUUUCACAUUCAUGACGCCGGUCGACACGGCUGGGUUAAGUUCAACGUGAACCAAACGGGCUACUACCUCGUCAACUACGAUCCGACGGAUUGGCAACGUUUGGGAGAAGUCCUGCAAAAGCAUCACGAGGAACUGACACCGGCCGACAGGUCCAACCUUCUCUACGACGCGUUCCAACUGGCCUGGUCUGGCCGUCUCUCCUACGACGUCCUCUUCAACAUGACCCAGUACUUAAUUCACGAGAUGCAUCUCAUCCCCUGGUCCACUGCACACGGCUCCCUCCUAGCAUUGUCUCACCUACUUGAGAACACCGAAGUGCGGCGCCCCAUGCAGACUUACAUUCGCAAGCUCGUUGACCCUCUGUACAAAACGCUGGGGUGGGAGGACAGUGACAAGCAUAUGAACAACCUACUGCGAAAAGUCAUCUUGGACUUGGCAUGCAGAAAUCUUCAUCAGGAAUGCCUCAAGGAAGCGAGGCGUCGAUUGUUGGCUUGGGUCGACGGAGGACAGGAAGUGCCGAGAAACAUCCGUGGCGUGGUGUACCGAUACGGAAUCUACCAAAGCAGUGGGGACUACGAGUGGCAGUUCAUGUGGGAGAAAUAUCUCAAGGAAGUGUCUGCACAGGAAAGAAUCAACCUUCUUUAUGGGCUGGCUCACGUCAGGAGUCCACCGCUCAUCCACAGAUACUUGGCUUAUGCCAUGAACGAAAGCUACGUUCGUCGGCAAGACUUCUUCAGCGUGUUGUCCUUCCUUGCUGGAAAUACAGUGGGACGCGAUAUCGUCUGGAAGUUUAUGCGAUCCAAGUGGGACAAGCUGGUUCAAAGAUUUUCAUUGAACGACCGCAAUCUGGGGAACGUGGUGAAGACUAUCUGUGAUUACUUCACAAAGCAAUUUGACUACAAUGAGAUGCAGGCCUUCUUCCUGAAAAACCCAAACGCCGGAGCGGGCAAGCGAGCGCGGGAACAAGCCCUCGAGAACGUGCGCAACAACAUUGCCUGGAUCAUGCUCCACGAGCCGAAAGUGGCCCGCUGGCUGACCACCAACAUCAUACCGGAGCCGUGGGAAAGCAUACGGCUUCCUCGUCACGUGAUCCCAAUCAGCUACGACAUCAGGCUUGAACCCGUACUAGCCGAGGACUUGGUCCACGGCUCGAGCUCGAUUCGCAUCGCAGUUGCAAAAGCGACCAACGUCCUUAUGGUACACAUCAAAAACAUCAACGUCUCCAUGACCAAAGUGAAGCGUCUGAAACGCGGAAACUUUGAAGAUGUUUCCAUGGACGAGGAGCCUUUUCUGUACGCCGAGAACGAUUUCUGGGUUGUGCAGUCCAAAGACGUCUUGGCUCCGGGCGUUUACGUUCUGGAGUUUGAGUUCAGUUCGUCGAUGCUGAAUUAUCUGCGAGGUAUCUUCAAGACUUCUUACUGGGAUACCAAGACGCAGAGUACCAAGUAUAUGGUGACUUCACAAUUCCAACCAACUUUCGCUCGCAUGGCUUUCCCAUGCUUCGACGAGCCAAGCUUCAAGGCUAACUUCACCAUAACAGUGGUCCACGCACCUGAUAUGAAAGCCAUAUCUAAUAUGCCUGUGAAAGAGACUCGGGAGCUAGACGACACAAGAGUGGCAACCAAGUUUCAGGAAUCUCACAAAAUGACCACUUACUUAGUUGCGGUCGUGGUUUGCGACUUCGAUUAUCUCUCCGGAGUCACUUCGAAUGGAACUCCGGUGCGCGUUUAUGCACGCGAAGAGAUGUUGCCGCAUGCUAAGUACGCACUCUCAUCAAUCAUCCAAGUGCUAGAACUGUUUGAGCAGCAGUUCGCAAUCCAAUUUCCAUUACCAAAGAUAGACAACAUCGCAAUUCCUGAUCCACAAGCAGCUGCCAUGGAGAAUUGGGGUCUAGUCACUUACAGCGAAUUCAUGUUGCUCUACAACCCCAAUACAACUUCCGUGUCCGAUCACCAUAACAUCGCUGAAAUAGUCUCGCAUGAACUCGCGCACAUGUGGUUUGGCAACCUAGUUACCAUGAAGUGGUGGGAUGACUUGUGGCUGAAUGAAGGAUUUGCGACGUAUAAUUCCUAUAAAGGAAUCGAGCUCAUUGAACCAUCUUGGGAUGCGGAUAGCCAAUUCCUGUUAAAACUGAUUUCAGGAGUUUUGGAAAAAGAUGCUGUUUUAAGUUCCCACUCAAUUGUUAUGCCUGUCAGCAAUCCAAACGAAAUCUUUGAUAUUUUUGACGUGAUUUCGUAUAACAAGGGUUCGGCGGUCAUCAGGAUGCUGGAGUCUUUCAUGGGAACACGAGAUUUCAACCGAGGUAUCCAGAAUUAUUUAAAGAACCGCAAGCGCAGCAACGCAGUAACACUGGAUCUAUGGAAAUCUCUGGAAAAUGUAUCUACUAAGCAUCAGCACAUCACUACAAUAAUGAACACAUGGACAAGGCAAAUGGGAUUUCCUUACGUUUCUGUAAGGAAAGCGCCAGGCAACUCCAGCUUGUACCAGGUGUCGCAGCAGAGGUUUUUGUUAAACCCCGACGAUGCUACCAAUCUCACAAAUGAUUCGCCCUUCAGGUACAUCUGGGAAAUUCCCCUGAGCUUCAAAACGUCUGAAAAGCGUGUGGGUCUACAUUGGCUCAGAACAAACAACACAGACAUUGUGAAGAUUCCCCUUGAAACGCAGGAUUCCUGGGUUAAGUUUAAUUCGGAAUUCAAAGGCUACUACUUGGUGAACUACGACUUGGACGAUCUGAAACUUUUUGCUGAAACCUUGUCUGACAAUCAUGAGGAACUGUCAGCGUCUGAUCGCGCCGAGCUGAUCCUUGAAACCUUCUUGUUGGCACGGGCCGGCGUCACACCCUACCCUGCUGCUAUGGACCUCACGAGGUACUUGCGCAGGGAGCGCCACUUCAUUCCCCUAACGGCCGCCUCGAAGGUGCUGAGGCAUAUCGCCAUGUGUAUGCGUGACUACCCGGAGAGGGAUCUGUUCCAAGGCUACUUGAGGUACAUAGCCGAAGAGGGUUUUGAAGAGUUUACGUGGAGAGACAGAGGGGACCAUCUCACCAAGAGGGCCCGAGAGGUUAUUCUCGAUCUGUCGUGCUUCAGUGGAGACCCAAUUUGCCUGAAAAAUGCAGGCAAAAGGCUAAAAGCCUGGAUCAGUGGUGCUACAAUUUCUCCAAACCUCCGCCAGCUCGUAUAUGUUUGGGGAAUGGUGGAAAUCGGCAACGAAACUAUAUGGGACGCCAUGCUGCAAAGGUACCUCGCAGAGCCAAUGCCGGCGGAGCGAAAGAAAUUGAUAAAAGGGCUUGCAAGUGUGCGAGAUUCUUCAUUGAUUGAGAGAUUGCUUCAACAGUCUCUGAACGAGUCUGUGGUUAAGAAGGAGGAUUUUCGUACACUGAUUGAACAACUGGCGACGAACGAACUUGGACUUCAACGCGCUUGGAACUUUGUGAGGACCAAUUGGGAACUGCUUGUUCAAAGAUACACGUUGACGGAUAAGCAACUGGGAAACGUUCUAUACUCUAUCUGCCAGCACUUCACUACAGAAGUUGAGCUCCGAAAAAUGGAGCAGUUUUUCGAUGAGUACACCGAAGCAGGAAUGGGAAAACGAGCGCGUCUCCAGGCGCUGGAAACAGUGAGAAGUAACAUCCGGUGGAGGCUUCACUUUCCAAGGAUAAUUGUAAAGUGGAUCAAGGAAUACCAGUUCGCACCGUGGGAAAAUCUCCGGCUUCCAACGCACGUGGUGCCUGUCCAUUACGAUCUCCAGCUGCAGCCUUUCUUGGAGGAGCAGUGGUUUCAAGGUCAAGUAGACAUUGAGAUCGAGCUUCUGAAGCCAGUCUCUAGUGUGAGCGUGCACUCCAAGAACCUCAACAUCACGUCAGCCUUCAUGACGGCUGUAGUAACAAAGACGAUGGUUCCAUUGGCCAAAAUGUUCUUCUACGAAGAGAACGAGUUUUAUGUGAUGCAGCUGGACACUGUUGCCGACAUAGGGAAGUACAGUUUGCACUACGAGUUCAGAGGAUCGUUGACCCGAGACCUGCGUGGGCUCUACCUCAGCAGUUACCAGACUCCAGAGAACGAAACUCGGUAUUUGGCAACAACCCAGUUUGAGCCUACAGAUGCCAGAAAGGCAUUUCCGUGUUUCGACGAACCUCGAUUCAAAGCAACGUUCAGCAUAAAACUGAUCCACGACCCAGCCUACAUUGCUCUGUCCAACAUGCCAGUGAUUGGAACGGAAAUCACUACGACUGGCCUGCAAAUAACGCAUUUUGAGAAGACGGUUAAUAUGACAACCUACUUGGUUGCCGUCAUCGUGUGCGACUUCACCUAUAUUUCCGGUAACAGCUCGGGAGGUGUUCAGGUGCGCGUUUUUGCGAGAAAAGACGAAAUCGACAAGACUGAAUACGCACUCGGAGCCGCACUCAAGAUUCUCACUUACUUCGAGGAGUACUUUGCCAUCAAGUACCCAUUACCCAAGCUAGACUUGAUCGCCAUUCCCGACUUCUCAUCCGGAGCGAUGGAGAACUGGGGCCUGAUCACAUUCCGGGAAGCUCGCCUACUUUACGGGACCGACACCUCGUCAUCCCUCGACGUCCAGAACGUCUGCCGAGUCAUCGCCCACGAAAUUGCUCACAUGUGGUUUGGUAAUUUAGUCACGAUGCAGUGGUGGGACGACCUUUGGCUCAACGAAGGGUUUGCAAGCUACAUACAGUACAAGGGAAUGAACCAUGCAGAACCGGAAUGGGAGUCGAUGGCCUUGUUUACAACCGUCCUUAUCGGCGUGCUGGAACCCGAUUCGGUGAUAUCGUCUCACCCCAUCAUUCAACCUGUCAGAAACCCGAGUGAAAUUUCAUCUUUGUUCGACGCAAUUUCCUAUUCGAAGGGGUCUUCUGUUCUUAGAAUGCUUGAAAACUUUAUGUCAGAAGAAGAUUUUCGUCGGGGUGUUUCUAAAUAUCUUAAAAAACACGAGUUUGGUAAUACCAUAACUUUCGACCUGUGGGAUGAACUCGAGGCAUCUUCGUCGAAUGAUUUGUCAAUAAGUUCCAUCAUGGAGGGCUGGACUAAACAAAUGGGAUUCCCUGUCAUAAGUGUUGAAAGGAACGGCACUUCUUUUAUAAUGUCCCAGUCGCGUUUUCUGAUGAAUCCCGACACUGCGGUCAACAGCACAGAUUCACCGUACAGGUAUAUCUGGCAAAUUCCUCUCACCUAUCGCACAAGUGAAGGAAACACCGGUUUGGUUUGGUUGAAGAGACAACAGCAAAAGUUCACCAUCGACGUUCCGGAAAAUGGGUGGAUCAAGUUCAACAACAAUAUGACAGGUGUCUAUUUCAUCAAGUAUGACAAGAGGAGUCUUCAUCUAAUUGAGGAGGCCAUGAAUCACGAUAUUAAUGUUAUUUCUCCGAGCGACAGAGCCGAAUUGCUGUUCGAGACUUUCUCCCUCGCCCGUGCUGGACACGUCAGCUAUAUGUCGGCUCUGAAUCUCAGCAAAUACAUCAUUAAUGAACCUCACUAUGUACCAUGGGCCACCUUUUCGGCCGUAGCGUCAUUUUUACAUCAUCGCCUUUUCGGUACUGAAACGGGUAAACAGUUCAAGCUGUACGUGAGAACAUUACUUACAGAAGUUCUUAAGGGUCUGACGUUUAGCGACACGGGCAGCCAUCUAGAAAGAUUGAUGAGGUCGAUUGUCUACAAGAUCGCUUGUAGGUAUGGAGAGAAAACCUGCCUGCAUGCUGCUAGUGACGCCCUCAAGGGCUGGCUGGACGGAGAAUUGUUGGAACCUAACUUCAAAGACAUCGUGUUUCAUUACGGCAUGAAGCAAAUCGGAGACGAGGCUACAUGGGAGCUGCUCUUUGAAAGGUUCUUGAACGAGCCCAAUCACGCAGAAAAAGGGAAAAUGAUAACUGGACUGGGUCAAGUUCAAAACAAAGCCCUCUUGACAAGGUUUUUGAAUUACACCUUCGACGAAUCCAAGAUCCGGGGUCAAGAUAUUGUUGCCGUCUUUUUAUCAGUGUCCAAAAACCCCGCUGGUCACGAGGUUUUGUGGAGGUUUCUUCGGGACAACUGGAAAUCAAUUGUGAAGAAGUACGCUGCCAAUUCCAGAAUACCGGGAAAUCUUAUCAAGGUGGUGUGCGGUGAUUUUAACACGAAAGCGAAAAUGAAGGAGAUGCUGGAGUUCUUCGCUCAACAUCCUGAUGCUGGUGCAAGUAAACAGCCGCGUGAGCAAUGCCUUCACACCGUGCAGAACAACAUCGACUGGAUAUCCAAGUUCGAGCCGAAAGUCUCCGAGUCUGUACGUGUCCUGUUGAGCUGACCACAACAGUUACAUAAACCGACGUCAUUGAAGAACGCAAACCACAGCCAUGCCAACUAGUGCAAAUGAAGGACACCAUUCCCGGAAAUUCAACUUGUUUCACUCACUUUGCAAUUUAAAGAUGCCACUCAAUACAGUUUUUAAUUAAAUCCUCAAAAUAACUUACAAUGAGGGAAAGCCCCCGUCUUCGCUGACCAAGCGCCCACAUGUUA